ACCCAGGAGCUCCAUUCAGCAAGUCCUUCAUUCCCUGACUGCUACUUUCUUCAGCUCACCAGCCUUUUCUAGUUCCGUGAUGGUCCUGCAGGUCUCUGAGGCUUCCUGGGCAACAGCUCUGAUGGUGUCUCUGAUGGUGCUGUUCAACCCUGUAGUCCAGGGUAUGGCCACUCCAGAGAAUUACGUCUUCCAGGCACGGAUGGACUGCUACGCCUCCCACGGGACGCAGCGCUUCGUGGAGAGAUACAUCUACAACCGGCAGGAGUACGUGCGCUUCGACAGCGACGUGGGGGAGUUCCGCGCGGUGACCGAGCUGGGGCGGCGGGACGCCGAGAACUUCAACAGCCAGAAGGACGUCCUGGAGGAGAAGCGGGCCAUUGCAGACACUGGGUGCAGACACAACUACGAGGUCAUCGAGCGCUACACGGUGCAGCGCCGAGUCCAGCCUAAAGUUCAUGUGUCUCCCACCAAGAAGGGGACCCUGCAGCAUCACAACAUGCUUGUCUGCCACGUGACAGAUUUCUACCCAGGCAACAUUAAAGUCCGAUGGUUCCUGAAUGGACAGGAGGAAACAGCUGGGGUUGUGGCCACCGAACUGAUACGAAAUGGAGACUGGACCUUCCAGAUCAUGGUGAUGCUGGAGAUGACCCCCAAGCAGGGAGAUGUCUACACCUGCCAUGUGGAGCACCCCAGCCUGAACAGCCCAGUCACUGUGGAGUGGAGUGAGUUACCCUGAAGUGACCUUCUAGAC